GAGUACCAUUCAUUAUCAAAACACUGAAGAAGAAGAAAUAGAGAACAAAACAUGAGUGGCUAUUCCAAAAUGGAUUCAACAGACCAGAAGCUUGAGCCGGACCACCCGGUCGAUCCUCAGACUCAGAAGCCCGAUCUUGAACCUGUUGAAAUGAAACCGAAGCUAAGCAGGAACAGGUCAGUGUCUGCAUCAGCACAAGCGGUUCCUUCACCAGUGAAGAUGUCUAUGAGAAGAUCCUCGUCUGUCUCUGAACGCUACUGUAGAAUCUAUGACCAGAGCUCUGCCACGACGUGGCCUCUUCCUUUCCAUGAAGGAGAUGAAGACGAAGAUGAUGAUAAAGAGAAGGUGCACAAGAAGAAGAAGAGCAACAACUUCAAGAAAAAAGCAUUCGUAAAAGCUUGUAAGCGUUUUUUUGGGAUCUCGUGAAACCAUUUUUUGUUUUCCUCUACCUCCAUAUCUAUCAUAUAAUAAAUAGAUCUCAUUGUUAUUUUCGAUUAGAUUCCAUCUUUUUUCGUGAAACGUUUAAUACAAUAAUCUUUUCCUU